AUGAAGACCUUAGCAAUCCUUCUCACGCUAUCAACCCUCGUGUUGUCAUGCACAGCCGCUGCAGUCCACCCACAUAUCCAUCGCAGGCACGGCCGCUGCGCACCUAGCAGCAGCGUAUCAAACGCUCCUCCUGCUCCAGCACCAACGACACUUGUAACCUCUGUAUCUGCUUCUGCCUCUGUUGCUCCACCAGCAUCUUCUGCACCUCCACCAGCCGCCUCAGCUUCACCACCCGUAGCAUCACCACCAGCUGCCUCCGCCUCAGUCUCCACCCCACCCACCCCCUCCUCCACAAACCCAGACCCCAGCUCCAGCACCAGUAAACAAAUCACCAUAGCCCCCAGCGACACGCUAGAGAAGAUUGCAGCGGCGAACGCAGUCGGAAUGUGCGACAUCGCCAAAGCGAAUAACAUCCACGAUCCGAAUUUGAUUCUUGCGGGCGAGAUGUUGACGAUUCCUGUUUUGACGGGGGAGAAGGACGAUAGUAGUUGUAUGACUCAAGAGGAAGGAGGGCAGAGGAAAGUACUUGAAGGUAGUGUAUAG